AUGUCUGAACCCAAGGCCCCGGGUUCUUACUGUGGUCUUCCAGCACAGAGAAGCUCACAGUGGGGUCCAGAGAUGGUCUUAGUGAAGCUGGAGGACUGUAGUCAACCACUGGAACUCAAUGUGAUAGUCAAAGAGGAAGAGGAGGAGAGAGAAGUCAAAGAAGAGGAGCUAGGGAUUAAAGAGGAGGUGGAGGAGAGAGCAUUCACAGAGGAGGAGGAGAGAGCAUUCAAAGAGGAGGUGGAGGAGAGAGCAGUCAAAGAGGAGGCGGAAGAGAGAGCAUUAAAAGAAGAGGUGGAGGAGAAAGCAGUCACAGAGGAGGAGGAGAGAGCAUUCAAAGAGGAGGUGGAGGAGAGAGCAGUCAAAGAGGAGGCGGAGGAGAGAGCAUUCAAAGAGGAGGCAGAGGAGAGAGCAUUCAAAGAGGAGGUGGAGGAGAGAGCGUUCAAAGAGGAGGUGGAGGAGAGAGCAUUCAAAGAUGAGAUGGUGGAAAGAGCGUUCAAAGAUGAGAUGGUGGAGAGAGCAGUCGCGGAGGAGAGACUGGUCACAGAAGUGGAGAACAGGGAAGAGGAGGAAGAAGUAGAUGGUAACACUGACCCAGGUAAGUUCAGUUGUGUAGGAUGGAGAGAGGUUGGUGCAUUGGCAGCCACAUGGGAUUCCAUAACUAUUAUUGGGUCUUUCCACUAAUCUGGUGCCUUUUUCUGAAGAAUAACUUGGUUUCAUCUAAUGUUAAAGGGGCAGUGCAGUUAAAAACGUGAUGUUCCUGUUUUGAAAAUAAUUCCUGGAAUUUCAACCUGUUCAGUUGGGAUGGAGUUUUUGGCCCAGAUCAUGACAUCACAAUCUGCAUAUGUAUCCUCCUACUUUGAAGGGGUAAGCGGGGUAGGCUCUGUUUGCCAAUCAGGGCUGUAUAUGUAAAUCUUUUUUAAUUUGUAUCAACAUGCCCACAAGAUCAGACUGAACAUUCAAAUGUCAUAAGGAGGGUCUGGGAAAUCAAUGAUAAAAAAAUAUAUUUGGAGUUAUUUUCAUUAAAUAAACACACGCAGUGAUAUAUUAGACAUACAGUGAUGAUAAAAAACUACUGCAUGGGGGCUUUAACAUUCUGGGCUCUGUUUUCAGCUGGCGGUUAGGAGGCCCAAGUGUCAAACACACGUUAGUUUGGAAUUUCGUCACGGAAGAACAUGAGCACUGGCAUUUUCCAGCCCUAACGCCAGGUUUGGCAAUUUACCUGUCUGACUGUCUCUGAGGUGGGAGGGGUGGCAAAAUGGACAGUUUCAUGCAGCACUAAAGGGAACGUUUAUGACCCACAAACAGCAGGUCUUCUAGGUAACGCUGUUGAUUUGGAGAGCGGAAGCGCAGCCUAUCCAGCCAUGACACACAAUGCCAAUGAAAGAGAGAUGUUCAAUUUGUGCUGGUGAGUCUCGUAUUUAGAAACAGCAAAAUAUUAUUGGAUCCCCUCCCAUUUCGCUUAAUUUGACUAAAAAACAAGAAUAGCCUACCCUCCCCUAAAUCAUGGCUGGUUUAGCAGCAUCACAUACAGUGGCUUGCAAAAGUAUUCACCCCUCUUGGCAUUUUUCCUAUUUUGUUGCCUUACAACCUGGAAUUAAAAUUGAUUUUUGGGGGGUUUGUAUCAUUUGAUUUAUACAACAUGCCUACCACUUUGAAGAUGCAAAAUAAUUUUUUGUGUGAAACAAACAAGAAAUAAGACAAAAAAACUGAACUUGAGCGUACAUAACUAUUCACCCCUCCCAAAGUCAAUACUUUGUAGAGCCACCUUUUGCAGCAAUUACAGCUGCAAGUCUCUUGGGGUAUGUCUCUAUAAGCUUGGCACAUCUAGCCACUGGGAUUUUUUCCCAUUCUUCAAGGCAAAACUGCUCCAGCUCCUUCAAGUUGGAUGGUUUCCGCUGGUGUACAGCAAACUUUAAGUCAUACCAAAGAUUUUCAAUUGGAUUGAGGUCUGGGCUUUGACUAGGCCAUUCCAAGACAUUUAAAUGUUUCCCCUUAAACCACUCGAGUGUUGCUUUAGCAGUAUGCUUAGGGUCAUUGUCCUGCUGGAAGGUGAACCUCCGUCCCAGUCUCAAAUCUCUGGAAGACUGAAACAGGUUUCCUUCAAGAAUUUCCCUGUAUUUAGCGCCAUCCAUCAUUCCUUCAAUUCUGACCAGUUUCCCAGUCACUGCCGAUGAAAAACACCCCCACAGCAUGAUGCUGCCACCACCAUGCUUCACUGUGGGGAUGGUGUUCUCAGGGUGAUGAGAGGUGUUGGGUUUGCGCCAGACAUAGCGUUUUCCUUGAUGUCCAAAAAGCUCAAUUUUAGUCUCACCCGUUUGAAUUCCGGGUCCUGGAGAGAAGUUGGUGCAUUGGUGGCAACAGGGGAUUCCAAAACUAUGGCGGGAAAAUAUGUUGAAGUGAGCUGUCAACUGGAAGGUUGAUGGUAUAAAAUCCUAGAUGUCAUCACCCGCGGUUGUUCCCUUGAGUAAGACACUUAACCCCUCCACAACAAUUGCUCCACAGGCGCCAUAGUAUGGAAGUCCCCUGCUCCAACCUCUCCUAUCUCCAAAUCUAGAAUCCUGAGUUGCUACAUCCAUUUUUGGACAUUGAAAUGAAUGAUAUACAGUGGGGAGAACAAGUAUUUGAUACACUGUCGAUUUUGCAGGUUUUCCUACUUACAAAGCAUGUAGAGGUCUGUAAUUUUUAUCAUAGGUACACUUCAACUGUGAGAGACGGAAUCUAAAACAAAAAUCCAGAAAAUCACAUUGUAUGAUUUUUAAGUAAUUAAUUAGCAUUUUAUUGCAUGACAUAAGUAUUUGAUCACCUACCAACCAGUAAGAAUUCCGGCUCUCACAGACCUGUUAGUUUUUCUUUAAGAAGCCCUCCUGUUCUCCACUCAUUACCUGUAUUAACUGCACCUGUUUGAACUCGUUACCUUUAUAAAAGACACCUGUCCACACACUCAAUCAAACAGACUCCAACCUCUCCACAAUGGCCAAGACCAUAGAGCUGUGUAAGGACAUCAGGGAUAAAAUUGUAGACCUGCACAAGGCUGGGAUGGGCUACAGGACAAUAGGCAAGCAGCUUGGUGAGAAGGCAACAACUGUUGGCGCAAUUAUUAGAAAAUGGAACCUCGGUCUGGGGCUCCAUGCAAGAUCUCACCUCGUGGGGCAUCAAUGAUCAUGAGGAAGGUGAGGGAUCAGCCCAGAGCUACAUGGCAGGACCUGGUCAAUGACCUGAAGAGAGCUGGGACCACAGUCUCAAAGAAAACCAUUAGUAACACACUACGCCGUCAUGGAUUAAAAUCCUGCAGCGCACGCAAGGUCCCCCUGCUCAAGCCAGCACAUGUCCAGGCCCGUCUGAAGUUUGCCAAUGACCAUCUGGAUGAUCCAGAGGAGGAAUGGGAGAAGGUCAUGUGGUCUGAUGAGACAAAAAUAGAGCUUUUUGGUCUAAACUCCACUCGCCGUGUUUGGAGGAAGAAGAAGAAUGAGUACAACCCCAAGAACACCAUCCCAACCGUGAAGCAUGGUGGUGGAAACAUCAUUCUUUGGGGAUGCUUUUCUGCAAAGGGGACAGGACGACUGCACCGUAUUGAGGGGAGGAUGGAUGGGGCUAUGUAUCGCGAGAUCUUGGCCAACAACCUCCUUCCCUCAGUAAGAGCAUUGAAGAUGGGUCAUGGCUGGGUCUUCCAGCAUGACAACGACCCGAAACACACAGCCAGGGCAACUAAGGAGUGGCUCCGUAAGAAGCAUCUCAAGGUCCUGGAGUGGCCUAGCCAGUCUCCAGACCUGAACCCAAUAGAACAUCUUUGGAGGGAGCUGAAAGUCCGUAUUGCCCAGCGACAGCCCCGAAACCUGAAGGAUCUGGAGAAGGUCUGUAUGGAGGAGUGGGCCAAAAUCCCUGCUGCAGUGUGUGCAAACCUGGUCAAGACCUACAGGAAACAUAUGAUCUCUGUAAUUGCAAACAAAGGUUUCUGUACCAAAUAUUAAGUUCUGCUUUUCUGAUGUAUCAAAUACUUAUGUCAUGCAAUAAAAUGCAAAUUAAUUACUUUAAAAUCAUACAAUGUGAUUUUCUGGAUUUUUGUUUUAGAUUCCGUCUCUCACAGUUGAAGUGUACCUAUGAUAAAAAUUACAGACCUCUACAUGCUUUGUAAGUAGGAAAACCUGCAAAAUCGGCAGUGUAUCAAAUACUUGUUCUCCCCACUGUAUAUACUCAUUGAUUCUUGAAGAAUAUAACUUAGAAAUGGCUCAUGAGUCUAGUUCAACAGUCGUUCUCCAUCAGAACCAACAUAUAAGCUUGUUUUACUCCAAUGUUUCUAAACAAACACUGUAUAGGCGCAAAACAUGGAUGAAACUAUCAUGUUGAUAUCAUGCAUGGUCAGUCCUUGCAUCUUUAGAUCUAUUAAUUUGAGAGUGGUUACAUUUCUCAAAGCCCAUCCCUCAGAUCUUUACCGAAUCAGAGAUCUGGUGGUUCUUUGUCAUUAGUUUAAUUGAGGAUUCUUGCUUCAAAGACCAAGUGCAGUAAAAAUUAUGUUUUUCCUGUGUUUUAUAUCAUAUUGUGCGACAGCUGAUGAAACUAACACUGUAAAGGUGUGAUCUUUUAAAUAAGUUAUUUCCAGAUAGUUGCUGGUUGAAAAUACAAUUUCCACAGGACCUUCUAAUCAGCAGGCUUGCAUGGGUGGGAGUUUAGGCUUGCCAUGGUGAUGUCACCAUGUGGUAAAUUGUGGCAAAGUUCUUGCUGGAGAAAUAGUUUAUUUUGGCUAAAAAUCAUUUUUUUCCCCAACUUCAAUGGAAAUCUACACUGAACAAAAAUAUAAACGCAACAUGUAAAGUAUUGGUCCCAUGUUUCAUGAGCUGAAAUAAAAGAUCACAGAAUAUAUCCAUAUGCACAAAUCAUUACACAGGUGCACCUUGUGCUGGGGACAAUAAAAGGCCACUCUAAAAUGUGCAGUUUUGUCAUGCAACACAAUGCAACAGAUGUGAAGUUUUGAGGGAGCGUGCAAUUGCCAUGUUGACUGCAGGAAUGUCCACCAGAGCUUUUGCCAGAUAAUGUAAUGUUCAUUUUUCUACCAUAAGCUGCCUCCAACGUGGUUUCAAUUAAUUUGGCAGUACGUCCAACCGGCCUCACAACUGCAGACCACAUGUAACCACGCCAGCACAGGACCUCCACAUCUGGCUUCUUCACCUGCAGUUUUCACAACUGAAGAAUAUCUGCACAAACUGUCAGAAAUCAUCUCAGGGAACCUCAUCUGUGUGCUCAUCGUCCGGUGUCGUAACCGACUUCAGUUGGCAAAUGCUCACCUUCGAUGGCCACUGCCACGCUGGAGAAGUGUGCUCUUCAUGGAUGAAUCCCGGUUUCAACUGUACCGGACAGAUGGCAUGUGGACGAGCGGUUUGCUUAUGUCAACGUUGUGAACAGCGUGCCAAUGAUGGCGGUGGGGUUAUGGUAUGGGCAGGCACACGCUACGGAUAAUGAACACGAUUGCAUUUUAUUGAUGGCAAUUUGAAUGCCCAGAGAUACCGUGACGAGAUCCUGAGGCCCAUUGUCGUGCCAUUCAUCCACUGCCAUCACCUCAUGUUUCUGCAUGAUAAUAAAUGCAUGUCGCAAGGAUCUGUACACAAUUCCUGGAAGCUGAAAAUGUCCAAGUUCUUCCAUGGCCUGCAAACUCACCAGACAUGUCACCCAUUGAACAUGUUUGGGAUGCUCUGGAUCGACGUAAUGACAGCAUGUUCCAGUUCCCUCCAAUAUCCAGCAACUUCGCACAGCCAUUAAGGAGGAGUGAGACAACGUUCCACAGGCCACAAUCAACUUCCUAAUCAACUCUAUGCAACAGAGAUGUUGUGCUGCAUGAGAAAAAUGGUGGUCACACCAGAUACUGAAUGGUUUUCUGAUCCACUUUCCCACCUUUACAUUUUUUUUUAUCUGUGACCAACAGAUGCAUAUCUGUAUUUCCAGUCAUGUGAAAUCCAUAGAUUAGGGCCUAAUGAAUGUUUUUCAAUUCACUGAUUUCCUUAUGAGUAUAAUUUUUGAAUGUGCAUGUUGCGUUUUAUAUUUUUGUUCAGUGUAUUAAAGUAAGGUACCUAAUUGUUACCCAAUAAAUGAUUUGAUAUUGAUAUAAAAACGUCUGCAUUGGGCCUUUAAACAAGUAUUUUAAAGACCAUUUCAAUGCUGUUCCUGAUUGCAACCCCAUAUUUGUUCAUUUUCCCACAGGAGAGAGCUCAAAUCCAGGCUCAGAUAGCGAUCCCAGUACCACAGCAUCAGGAAACCAUAAACAACACAGACAGAGGAACUCAAGACAGAAACAUCACCACUGCAUGGACUGCUUCACUAGUUUCUAUGAGCCAGAGGAGUUGAGAAGGCACACUUGUAGGCCCCACCCCUGCUCAGAUUGCAGAGGCAGCUUUAUUUGUCCAACUCACCUCAAAUCAAAACAGGCUCAAAAAAGGAAGACGACAUACCCGUGUGGUCAAUGUGGGAAGAUAUGUGAAACACCAAGCAAACUCAAGACGCACCAGAUAACUCAUACAGGAGAGAAGCCAUACCACUGCUCUGUUUGUGGGAAGGGUUGCAGUAAUUCGGACCAUCUAAAGACACACCAGAGAACUCAUACAGGAGAGAAGCCUUACCACUGCUCCCAAUGCGGAAAGAGUUUCAGUCAGUUAUCAACUCUGAGAAACCACCACCUAACUCACACAGGAGAGAAGCCUUACCUCUGCUCUCAUUGUGGGAAGAGUUUCCGUCAGUUAGCCAACCUAAAUACACACCAGUUAAUUCACACAGGAGAGAAGCCUUACCUCUGCUCUCAAUGCGGGAAGGAUUUCAGACAUCCAAGAGAAUUAAAGUCACACAUGAGAACUCACACAGGAGAGAAGCCGUUCCACUGCUCCCAAUGUGGAAAGAGUUUCAGUCAGUUAUCAACUCUGAAAAAACACCAGCUAACGCACACAGGAGAGAAGCCUUACCUCUGCUCUCAAUGUGGGAAGAGUUUUACCACAUUAUGUGAACUAAAGGCACACCAGAUAACUCACACAGGAGAGAAGCCUUACCACUGCUCACAAUGUGGGGAUAGUUUCACCAGUUUAUACUUCCUAAAGAAACACCAGCGAAUUCACAAGGGAGGAAAGCUGUUCCACUGCUCCCCGUGUGGUAAGAGUUUCAGUCAGUCAUCAACUCUUAAAAACACCAGAUAACGCACACAGGGGAGAAACCUUACCACUGCUCUCAUUGUGGAAAGAGUUUCAGUCUUUCAGGAAACCUAAAGAGACACCAGGUAACCCACACAGUAGAGAAGCCUUACCGCUGCUCUCAUUGCGGGAAGAGUGUCAGUCAGUUACAACACCUAAAGACACACCAGUUAAUUCACACCGGAGAGAAGCCAUACCACUGCUCUCAGUGUGGGAAGAGUUUCAGUCAAUCAUCAACUUUGAAGAAACAUCAGAGAACUCACACAGGAGAAAAGCUGUGUCAUCAGAUCUGAAGACACCAGCUUGUUCACAUAGAGGAGAAGCCUUAACUCCACUUUCAAUGUAGGGAUAGUUUCACCAGUUUUAUAUAUAUUUUUUAAAACACCAACUAAUUAUGACUAACAAUAACUUACUUGGUUAAAUAACGGGGGGGGGGGGGGGGGGGACUUGCAAAGGAGUGUGGCACCUGCUCCCUGUGUGCUUCUGUCACCAGGUGAAAAAACCUUUCCAAGCCAAACCUUCAUAUGAUGACCACUAACCGCUACACACACAGUCUACAUCAUUGCCUACUAGAACUAGCGUGUUAGUAAACCUGCUACAAUCAUGCAGUACAGUGUACAGUCAGAAAGCAGUUUAGCAGUUACACCGGCGGGCCCCGGUGGCAAUAAAUUAAUAAAAUCAUAAUCUUAAGUUGACUUGGAAGAGUUCCAGUGUUGGAUAGCCAUAGCCAGCUAGCUAACCUAGCAUCCCUCUCUGUUUAAGCCCGGUGUUUGAGUAGGCAAAACUAGCUAGCUGCUUUUGCUAGCUAAGUGAAAAUGAAAAAAAAAAAAUACAACCAGAUACAGCUAGGUCUCCCUCUCUCUCUCUUCUCCUUAAUUUUGGAAGAAAUUAAUUUGUUAACUGUUCAACUGUUGUCUUUGUCUCUCUUUGAGUCAACUACUCACCACAUUUUAUGUACUAUGUACUGCAGUGCUAGCUAAUUGUAGCGUAUGCUUUCAGUACUGGAUUAUUUAUCUGAUCUUUUGAUUGGGGGGGACAACAUGUUAGUUCAUGUUGCAAGAGCUCUGAUAGGUUGGAGGGCGUCCUCUGGAAGUUGUCAUAAUUACUGUGUAAGUCUAUGGAAGGGGGUGAAAACCAUGAGCCUCCUAUGUUUUGUAUUGAAGUCAAUCUACCCAGAUGUGGACAGAACCUAGCUGUCCUGCGGCUACUCCAUGGUGUGCUGAGGCUACUGUAGACCUUCAUUGCAAAACAGUGUGUUUUAAUCAAUUAUUUGGUGACGUGAAUAUAUUUAGUAUAGAUUUACCUAAAAUGUUUCACUAUUUAGAUUUGUCUGAAAUUCACUGAAGAGGUGGCUCCUCCCCUUCCUCCUCUGAGGAGCCUUCACUACUCUAUGGGGUAUAAACUUCCUUCUUAACCUCUGAUGACACUUUCUAACCAACACAAAAUAUUGUUUCCUACUAUCAUAAAGUACAUUUCUGUUUCAAAACUAUACUGUAAGUCCUACAAACACAUGCUUAGUACUCUUAGAAAGGUAAGAACUGUGGGAUUCAGAAACAAUGUGACUACUACAGAGCCCGAAAUACAGCAGAUAUUAAGAGGUUUGAAAGUCUAGGUUUGAGAUCAAAUAUGUCACCAAUUAGUGUUCCAAAAGGAAUUUUUAGCAAUCAUGGCUUUCCACUUAAGGAGUAAAAAAGUAAUAAAUAAGACACAGAAAGGUGAAGAAACUUCAAACUUGUUUUCCCAUUCACUUUUCCUAUUGUAAACGAUGAGUUAGCUAAACGGCGAAUGUGGAGGAUGCAUUCAAGGUCAUGUGGAUGGAGAAGGAAAUGCAUUGUGAAGGGGUCUCAGACCAACGCCUACGCACCUGCUCUACUGAGUCCCUGUGACUGGCACAGACAUCCAAGCUGUCUGGUUCUGUGAAAAGAGGACGCUGCGCCUAACCACAGAAAAAUCCCCUUCAGCUAGAAGAUGCUUACUUCUCCCUCAUCAAAUUUAAAAUGUCGCAAGAUGAUAUUGUCCAGUUCCUGUAUGAGAAGUCAAGUAUCGGUCAAACCCAUGUUUUUGAAGCUAUUAAAAUACUGACAAGAUGAUUGGCGCUUAUGGGGAUAGGUAGAUGUAUUAAGCUGUUGUUAGGGGAUGUCAAGCCAGGAAGGGUUGGGGAGGCUUUAUAAGUUACAGGAUGUCUUAGACACCUCGCAGAACUUGGGGAGAGCUAUCAAUAUUGUACUCUGUACCAACUUCUGCCUGCAAUUGCAUUAACUAAAGAAUAAUCUGAAUACUUUGACGAAGAGUCAGUGUUUCCUUCUUACCACCACAUAUUGAUUUGAGCAUCAUUACACCUGAUCAUCAGUGGAAGAAUUUGAGCCAACAAUUGCUUUACAAUGACCACCAGGGUGGAUCCUUUCCAUGCAUACUAAAUGGUUGCACUUUUGGUGACUUGACCUACAUUGCAUACUCUAUGACUACGUCCAUAGCACAUGAUUUAUGGCCUUUAUGGGGGGGUUCUUAUGAUAUUCCCAGCAGUAAGAUUUUAGUUAGAUUUCCAAAAAGACAAGGCCUGUAGCUUUCAGAUGUCACUUUCUAUUUUCUGAUGUUUUUUAUUUUUUUUGGGGGGGGGGGGGGGGGGUACAGUUAACAUGUGGAACAAUAACCGUGAGUAACACAUGACAGAUGGUAAUGAUCACAGUAAUGGAGUAAAAAUGUAAAGGUAAAAUAAAUUAUAUAGUAAUUAAUGAAGAAUUAGAUAAUCAAUCAAUCAAUCAAAAAAAAAAAAAAAUGAACAUAUUAUAAAGUGAAAGUGCUGAAUAGUACCAGAGCUUAAACCCUUAUAGACCCUAGCAUGUCUUGGGGAUCCCCUGUUAUUGGUAAUGGUGAGAGGUUAACUUGUCUUGGGGAUCCCCUGUUAUUGGUAAUGGUGAGAGGUUAGCAUGUCUUGGGGAUCCCCUGUUAUUGGUAAUGGUGAGAGGUUAGCAUGUCUUGGGGAUCCCCUGUUAUUGGUAAUGGUGAGAGGUUAGCAUGUCUUGGGGAUCCCCUGUUAUUGGUAAUGGUGAGAGGUUAGCAUGUCUUGGGGAUCCCCUGUUAUUGGUAAUGGUGAGAGGUUAGCAUGUCUUGGGGAUCCCCUGUUAUUGGUAAUGGUGAGAGAUUAGCAUAUCUUGGGGGUCCCCUGUUAUUGAGCUCAGGUGCAUCCUGUUUCCAAUGGUUCAUCCUUGAGAUGUUUCUACUACUUGAUUGGAGUCCACCUGUGGUCAAUUCAAUUAUUUGGACAUGAUUUGGAAAGGCACACAGCUGUCUAUAAAAGGUCCCACAGCUGACAGUGCAUGUCAGAGCAAUAAUCAUACCAUGAGGUCGAUGGAAUUGUCCAUAGAGCUCCGAGACAGGAUUGUGUCGAGGCACAGAUCUGGGGAAGGGUACCAAAGAAUGUCUACAGCAUUGAAGGUCCCCAAGAACACAGUGGCCUCCAUCAUUCUUAAAUGGAAGAAGUUUGGAACCACCAAGACUCUUCUUAGAGCUGGCCACCUGGCUAAACUGAGCAAUCGGGGGAGAAGGGCCUUGGUCAUAUACAGUGGGGAGAACAAGUAUUUGAUACACUGCCGAUUUUGCAGGUUUUCCAACUUACAAAGCAUGUAGAGGUCUGUCAUUUUUAUCAUAGGUACACUUCAACUGUGAGAGACGGAAUCUAAAACAAAAAUCCAGAAAAUCACAUUGUAUGAUUUUUAAGUAAUUAAUUUGCAUUUUAUUGCAUGACAUAAGUAUUUGAUCACCUACCAACCAGUAAGAAUUCCAGCUCUCACAGACCUGUUAGUUUUUCUUUAAGAAGCCCUCCUGUUCUCCACUCAUUACCUGUAUUAACUGCACCUGUUUGAACUCGUUACCUGUAUAAAAGACACCUGUCCACACACUCAAUCAAACAGACUCCAACCUCUCCACAAUGGCCAAGACCAGAGAGCUGUGUAAGGACAUCAGGGAUAAAAUUGUAGACCUGCACAAGGCUGGGAUGGGCUACAGGACAAUAGGCAAGAAGCUUGGUGAGAAGGCAACAACUGUUGGCGCAAUUAUUAGAAAAUGGAAGAAGUUCAAGAUGACGGUCAAUCACCCUCGGUCUGGGGCUCCAUGCAAGAUCUCACCUCGUGGGGCAUCAAUGAUCAUGAGGAAGGUGAGGGAUCAGCCCAGAACUACACGGCAGGACUUGGUCAAUGACCUGAAGAGAGCUGGGACCACAGUCUCAAAGAAAACCAUUAGUAACACACUACGCCGUCAUGGAUUAAAAUCCUGCAGCGCACGCAAGGUCCCCUUGCUCAAGCCAGCGCAUGUCCAGGCCCGUCUGAAGUUUGCCAAUGACAUCUGGAUGAUCCAGAGGAGGAAUGGGAGAAGGUCAUGUGGUCUGAUGAGACAAAAAUAUAGCUUUUUGGUCUAAACUCCACUCGCCGUGUUUGGAGGAAGAAGAAGGAUGAGUACAACCCCAAGAACACCAUCCCAACCGUGAAGCAUGGAGGUGGAAACAUCAUUCUUUGGGGAUGCUUUUCUGCAAAGGGGACAGGACGACUGCACCGUAUUGAGGGGAGGAUGGAUGGGGCCAUGUAUCGCGAGAUAUUGGCCAACAACCUCCUUCCCUCAGUAAGAGCAUUGAAGAUGGGUCGUGGCUGGGUCUUUCAGCAUGACAACGACCCGAAACACACAGCCAGGGCAACUAAGGAGUGGCUCCGUAAGAAGCAUCUCAAGGUCCUAGAGUGGCCUAUCCAGUCUCCAGACCUGAACCCAAUAGAACAUCUUUGGAGGGAGCUGAAAGUCCGUAUUGCCCAGCGACAGCCCCGAAACCUGAAGGAUCUGGAGAAGGUCUGUAUGGAGGAGUGGGCCAAAAUCCCUGCUGCAGUGUGUGCAAACCUGGUCAAGACCUACAGGAAACGUAUGAUCUCUGUAAUUGCAAACAAAGGUUUCUGUACCAAAUAUUAAGUUCUGCUUUUCUGAUGUAUCAAAUACUUAUGUCAUGCAAUAAAAUGCAAAUUAAUUACUUAAAAAUCAUACAAUGUGAUUUUCUGGAUUUUUGUUUUAGAUUCCGUCUCUCACAGUUGAAGAGUACCUAUGAUAAAAAUUACAGACCUCUACAUGCUUUGUAAGUAGGAAAACCUGCAAAAUCGGCAGGUUAUCAAAUACUUGUUCUCCCCACUGUAUAUAUAUAUAUAUAUAUCUUUUUUUUUUUUUUUGUGAGUGUAGUGUUAGAUAGUAGGGUAUUUGUUAUUUAGUUUUUCAAGCAAAGUUAAAGGGAGUUUUACUCCAGUCUAGUAGGUGGCGGUAAUGCAAUAUUUAUUGGAUGCCAACCGCCGUUAAAUCUCAUCGAAGAAGAAGUUAAACCCCGGGAUGACCCUGUAGGGGAGAUGGAGGAGGAAUGGGACGCUGACAGAAAGACGGCGGAAGCGUACAAUGAAGUGGAUUCUGAUUCCAAUGGCGGUAGAAUCAAGGAGAGUUAGAGUCUUGUUCAAAAGAAUGGAAAACGGAGCCAAGUAGUGAACAGUGAUGAGAACGUCCCUUCAUAUCUAGUAGGAGGACGGUUUGUUAAUGAGGAGCAGCUGAGCAAAGUACCAAUAUUGAAGAAACCAUUUGAGAUAUCCAAACUGGUGGAGAGAGUGUUGGGUAAAUUGAAGGCUGUGAGGAUCACGAGAGGUGUGCUUGUUUUGAUUUAUUGUGCUUCUGCGGAUCAGAAGGAUCACGUGUUGCAUCUCACCUGAUUUGAUACGUUUGAAGUGUCGUGUGUGUCUCUUCGGAACAGGGCACCCCUCAAUGGGGUUAUAUCUGGCGUUUCGUGGGAAGUCGAUUUUUGAACAGAUUACAAAUAUUCGUUGUAAAGCUUUUGGUCAUGUUUCAAGUGUUUGCAGAAGGGAGAAGCCAAGAUGUCCAAGUAGUGGAAAAGAUCAUAUCAUGUGUUAUAAAAGUGAGGAAAAUGUGACAUGUUGCAAUUGUGGUGGGAACCAUGAAGCUACAUCUUUCGAUUGCCUGACAAGGGUGAAAGAGAAUGAGGUGGCCAAAGUCAGGGCAGUCCAGAGCAUUUCAUAUGCAGCAGCUGUUAAAAGGAUUGAGGGUUUGAAUGGUUCUCUUGAAGAGUCCAUGGUGGUGGAUGGGCCUUCACUGCAGGCUGCAGGGGUUGCCUUUCACCAGCAGGACCCUGAUAUUUUAAAGGUUAAGAAGGUGGACUUUGUGGCCUUUAUAGCUAUGGUGAUUAAAUGGCACUGCCAAGGCGGACAGAAGGUCCAGGAAGAUGGAUAUCAUUGUGGAUGUGGCAGAGCCAUAGCUAUAAAGCGGUGGAGUUACAGGGAAUAUUGUCACAAGCCGUACCACCCUCUCAGGCCCUAGAGCCUGAGAAAUUGAGAUUUGAAAGAAGGACGAAGUGGGAGUUUUGUUUUGUUUUUGUCAAUGUACCUAAUUUUAUUUAGGUGAAUUAAGUUAGUUUCCCUAUCACAUAUGGAUUUUCUUUUUAACUUGUUUUGGUUUUUCAACCCGUCCAGUUGGUGGCAGAAAAUACACCUUUUUGGGUUGUAGACUGCCAUAAAACCCACAGAAGAAGGGGAGCUGGCGGAAGCAGAAGUGUCGUUUGAAGCUGAAAGCACGUCGAGUACAGUUAGCGAAAAAGAUUUGUGGACAACAGCGAAGUUCAAGAAUUAUGAAUCGUUGCUUGUUGGAGUACGUUUUUUUGGAUAAGGAUGUUUAUUUGGGAAACCCUUUUGAAGUCACAAGGAUGGUGAAGAAGGCUUUGGGAAAAGUGGAUGCAGUCAAAGUAACCAGGAGUGGUAUGGUGUUGAUAUCAUAGUAACCCGGAGCGGUAUGGUGUUGAUAUCAUAGUAACCAGGAGCGGUAUGGUGUUGAUAUCAUAGUAACCAGGAGUGGUAUGGUGUUGAUAUCAUAGUAACCAGGAGUGGUAUGGUGUUGAUAUCAUAGUAACCAGGAGUGGUAUGGUGUUGAUAUUAAAGUAACCAGGAGUGGUAUGGUGUUGAUAUCAUAGUAACCAGGAGUGGUAUGGUGUUGAUAUUAAAGUAACCAGGAGUGGUAUGGUGUUGAUAUCAUAGUAACCAGGAGUGGUAUGGUGUUGAUAUCAUAGUAACCAGGAGUGGUAUGGUGUUGAUAUCAUAGUAACCAGGAGUGGUAUGGUGUUGAUAUCAUAGUAACCAGGAGUGGUAUGGUGUUGAUAUCAUAGUAACCAGGAGUGGUAUGGUGUUGAUAUCAUAGUAACCAGGAGUGGUAUGGUGUUGAUAUCAUAGUAACCAGGAGUGGUAUGGUUUUGAUAUCAUAGUAACCAGGAAGUGGUAUGGUGUUGAUAUCAUAGUAACCAGGAAGUGGUAUGGUGUUGAUAUCAUAGUAACCAGGAAGUGGUAUGGUGUUGAUAUUGUGUGUGUGUGUAUCUAAAGAGCAAAAGGAAGCAUUGUGGCUCGCGGAAUUAUCGACACAUGAAGUGAACAGCUUUGAUUUUCGGCGGGGCAGGGCACCAGUAAAAGGUGUUAUCUCUGGCGUCCCGUUGGACAUUGAUAAUCAAUAUCUUAGGCUAAAAAUUCCAGGAAAAGUUCAUGGGGAAAAGGAGCUAAGUUUAUCUGUAUUAUUGAUGUUUGAGUAUUUACCACCCUAUGUAAAGUUGGGAUAUAUAAGAUACGCCAUAAGAGCGUUCGUGCAAAAGUGUAAAAAGUUUGACCAUGUGUCAAGUGUUUGCAGACAGAAGGAAUAUGUUAUUAAGAGUCUGAACGUAAAAUGUUGCAACUGUGGUGGGGAUCAUAUUUCUGAAUUCCCUGAGUGCCCCGUUAGUGUGAAAGAGGUUGAGGUGUCAAGGAUCAGGGCUGUACAGCAAAUCGCCUAUGUAGAGGCAGUGAAGAGCGUUGAAGGGGCAAGAGGCCACAGUUCUGAAGAAGAUAUGGCGGUGGAUGCACCACAACCAGUUGCCAAUGUUAUAUGUCAAUCGGGUGAUCUGGAUACACUUAUUGUGAAGAAGGUGGAUUUUGUAGCAUUUAUAGCCACAGUUAUUAACUGUACUGAAGCUGGACAUCAUUAUAUCUGCAGCCGAGAGGUUUUUGGUCUUGUUAACGGCAGAAGCACUGCAAGGACUACUGUCGCCAGGAAAUGUCCCUUCAUCACAGGAUCCUUCUGAGCCUGUGUAGGGACCUGAUUCAACAGAAAACCAGGCUGAUUUAGUUUAAUUAACAUUUCGUUACGGAUAGUUUGUAUGGAAUUUUAAAAAAUUACCCUGCAUUUGUUUCCUUUUUUGGAUCCUUAUUAUCCAACUGUACAGUAGGAGGCGGAAUACAUAUAAUUGUUGCGAACGCCAUUAUACCAAAGAAGAAGAAUAAUUUAACCCCUCAACGAAGAAGUUAUGCUAGCUUGAACAAUAAGAGCUGCUAAUUCAAAGUCAGGUGUCAAGGUAAGAUCAAGAUUUCUAACAUAUUCUGUAACGUUUCCAUGAAUAAACAUUAGUAGUCGGAUUAUUUGUCCACAUCAUCAUGUGUAAACAAUAGCCAUUUGAGCUAACAUUAGCUAGCUUGCUUACUGGCCAUUAAAAUAGCUACCCAAGCUAACUAGCUAUCUGUCUAUCUGACAUACCAAGCAAGGUUAUCUUAACGACGCAGUUGUGAAUGAUACCGUUAUUUGUUAUUAAGACAACAAUGUCAACUAUGUGAUGUGUGAAUUGUCAAUCUUUAAGAUGGCAUAAAUCUAUUGGCAACCCUAGCUAGUAAGUUAGCAUGGCUAGUUAGCUAGGCUGUUUGUUAUCGAAGGCUGGCUAGCUAACUUGUUAAUUUAAUUUCAGGAGCUAAUCAUUAGCUAACUGGUCAUUUAGAGAUUACAAAUCAAAUGUCAUUUUGGUUCGCCAUUGCUUCAAACGAAUUUAUUGCUGGUAAUUUGGCUAUCUAGCUAGAUUGUUUCAUUCUAGUGAGAAAGGUGACAGUAAAAAUCUAAAGCUAACCCAACUAGCUCAACAUAGCUAACGUUAGCUGUACGAUCGCCAAAGCAAUGCUAGCUAGCUAUAUGUAUUAGUGGAUGGAAUAUUUAGUUAUAAUCCUUAAUUAACUAAGCUGUUCCAGUAUUUUGUGAAACUCACUUUACAUUUGUUUGUGCCUCUUUUGAAUCCAUUUAUAGCCUUCCAUGUCUGAACCCAAGUCCCCGGGUUCUUACUGUGGUCUUCCAGCACAGAGAAGCUCACAGUGGGGUCCAGAGAUGGUCUUAGUGAAGCUGGAGGACUGUAGUCAACCACUGGAACUCAAUGUGAUAGUCAAAGAGGAAGAGGAGGAGAGAGAAGUAAAAGAAGAGGAGCUAGGGAUUAAAGAAGAGGUGGAGGAGAGAGCGUUCAAAGAAGAGGUGGAGGACAGAGCAUUCAAAGAGGAGGUGGAGGAGAGAGCAUUCAAAGAGGAGAGAUUGUUCAAAGAUGAGGUGGAGGAGAGAGCAGUCACAGAAGUGGACAACAGGGAAGAGGAGGAAGAAGUAGAUGGUAACACUGACCCAGGUAAGUUCAGUUGUGUAGGAUGGAGAGAGGUUGGUGCAUUGGCAGCCACAGGGGAUUCCAUAACUAUUAUUGGGUCUUUCCACCAAUUUGGUGCCUUUUUCUGAAGAGUAACUUGGUUUCAUCUAAUUUUAAAGGGGCAGCGCAGUUAAAAACAUGAUAUUCCUGUUUUGAAAAUAAUUCCUGGAAUUUCAGCCUGUUCAGGUGGGAUGGAGUUUUUGGCCCAGAUCAUGACAUCACAAUCUGAUAUGAAUGACCAGUUAUCUUUUAUUUGCAUAUGUAUCCUCCUACAUUGUAGGUGUAAGCGGGUAGGCUCUGUCCGCCAAUCAGGGCUGUUUAUGUAAAUAUAUUUUAAUUUGUAUCAACAUGCCCACAAGAUCAGACUGAGCAUUUCAAUGGCAAAAGGAGGCUCAGGGAAAUAAAUAAAAAAAACAUGGAGUUAUUUUCAUGAAAUAAACACAAGCAGUGAUUUAUUAGAAAUACAGUGAUGAUUAAAAAAUACUGCAUGGGGGCUUUAACAUUCUGGGCUCUGUUUUCAGCUGGCGGUUAGGAGGCCCAAGUGUCAAACACACGUUAGUUUGGAAUUUCAUCAUGUAAGAACAUGAGCACUGGCAUUUUCCAGCCCUAACGCCAGGUUUGGCAAUUUACCUGUCUAACAUCAGCUGACUUGCGCUGAGGUGGGAGGGGUGGCAAUAUUUGAGGCGUGUCCUUAAAAACACAUGCAAAAUGGACAGUUUCUUGCAGCGCUAAAGGGAACGUUUAAGACCGACAAACAGCAGGUCUUCUAGGUAACGCAGUUGAUUUGGAGAGCGGAAGCGCAGCCUAUCCAGCCAUGACACACAGUGCCCAUGGAAGAGAGAUGUUCAUUUUGUGCCGGUGAAUCUCAUAUUUAGGAACAUAACAUUUCGUUUAAUUUGACUAAAAACCAAGCAUAGCCUACCCUACUCCUAAAUAAUGGCUGGUUUAGCAGCAUCACAUACAGUGCAUUCGGAAAGUGUUCAGACCCCUUGACUUUUUCCAAAUUUCGUUAAGUUACAGCCUUAUUCUAAAAUGGAUAAAUAAAAUAAAAAUUAUCUCAGCAAUCACACAAUACCCCAUAUUGACGAAGCAAAAACAGGUUUUUAUAAAUAUUUGCAAAUUUAUUAAAAUAAACGAAAUACCUUAUUUACAUAAGUAUUCAGACCCUUUGCUAUGAGACUCGAAAUUGAGCUCAGGUGCAUCCUGUUUCCAUUGAUCAUCCUUGAGAUGUUUCUACAGCUUGAUUGGAGUCCACCUGUGGUACAUUGUCAGACCAAAAACCAAGCCAUGAGGUCGAAGGAAUUGUCCGUAGAGCUCCGAAAAAGGAUUAUGGCAAGGCACAGAUCUGGGAAGGGUACCAACACAUUUCUGCAGCAUUGAAGGUCCCCAAGAACACAGUGGCUUCCAUCGUUCUUAAAUGGAAUAAGUUUGGAACCACCAAGACACUUCCUAGAGCUGGCCGCCCGGCCAAACUGAGCAGUCGGGGGAGAUGGGCCUUCGUCAGAUGACCAAGGUGACCAAGUACCUAAUGGUCGCUCUGACAGGGCUCUAGAGUUCCUCUCUGGAUAUGGGAGAACCUUCCAAAUGGACAUCCAUCUCUGCAGCACUCCACCAAUCAGGCCUUUAUGGUAGAGUGGCCACGCUGAAGCCACUCCUCAGUAAAAGGCACAUGACAACCCGCUUGGAGUUUGGCUAAAGGCACCUAAAGACUCUCAGACCAUGAGAAACAAGAUUCUCUGGUCUGAUGAAACCAAGAUUGAACUCUUUGGCCUGAAUGGCAAGCGUCACGUCAGGAGGAAACCUGGCACCAUCCCUAUGGUGAAGCAUGGUGGUGGCAGCAUCAUGCUGAGGGGAUGUUUUUCAGCGGCAGGGACUGGGAGACUAGUCAGGAUCGAGGCAAAGAUGAACAUAGCCUCCUGUAGCUCAAUUGGUAGAGCAUGGCGCUUGCAAUGCCAGGGUUGUGGGUUUGAUUGGCUGCCGUUUUACAGCACUCUAACCAAUUGUACUAUUAUGUGUGUUUUUCCGCAUUAUUUGUAAUUUAUUUUGUACAUAAUGUUUCUGCCAUCGUCUCUUAUAACCAAAAAGAGCUUCUGGAUAUCAGGACAGCGAUUACUCACCUCGUAUUGGACGAAGAUUUUUUCUUCAACGAGGCGGCCGCGAAGGAUAUCAUACAGACACCCGACAAGGCCCAAAUCCCCGUCAUUCGCAUGAGGAAGAGACUGAGAUAUCGUGGACGUAGGUCGGGGUGCCUUGUAAGGAUCCGACGGCGAGCGAGUAAACUGCCUCUUCCAUCAAUCCUAUUAGCCAAUCUUCAAUCAUUGGAGAACAAAUUGGAUGACCUAAGAUUACGGUUAUCCUACCAACGGGACAUUAAAAACUGUAAUAUCUUAUGUUUCACAGAGUCGUGGCUGAACGACGACAUGGAUAACAUACAGCUAGCGGGCUAUACGCUACAUCGGCAGGAUAGAACGGCUGACUCCGGUAAGACAAGGGGUGGCGGUCUGUGUAUAUUUGUAAACAACAGCUGGUGCACAAAAUCAAAUACUAAGGAAGUCUCGAGGUUUUGCUCGCCUGAGGUAGAGUAUCUUAUGAUAAGCUGUAGACUGCACUAUUUACCAAGAGAGUUUUCAUCUAUAUUUUUCAUAGCUGUCUAUUUACCACCACAAACCAAUGCUGGCAUUAAGAUUGCACUGAAUGAGUUAUAUAAGGCCAUAAAUCAACAGGAAAACGCUCAUCCACAUGCAGCGCUCCUAGUGGCCGGGGACUUUAAUGCAGGGAAACUUAAAUCCGUUCUACCUAAUUUCUACCAGCAUGUUAAAUGUGCAACCAGAGGAAAAAACCUCUGGACCACCUUUACUCCACACACAGAGACGCAUACAAAGCUCUCCCUCGCCCUCCAUUUGGCAAAUCUGACCAUAACUCUAUCCUCCUGAUUCCUGCUUAUAAGCAAAAACUAAAGCAGGAAGCACCAGUAACUCGGUUAAUAAAAAAGUGGUCAGAUGACGCAGAUGCUAAGCUACAGGACUGUUUUGCUAGCACAGACUGGAACAUGUUCCGGGAUUCUUCAGACAGCAUUGAGGAGUACACCACAUCAGUCACUGGCUUCAUCAAUAAGUGCAUCGAUGAUGUCGUCCCCACAGUGACCGUACGUACAUACCCCAACCAGAAGCCAUGGAUUACAGGAAACAUCCGCACUGAGCUAAAGGGUAGAGCUGCCGCUUUCAAGGAGCGGGACUCUAACCCGGACGCUUAUAAGAAAUCCCGCUAUGCCCUCCGACGAACCAUCAAACAGGCAAAGAGUAAUUACAGGACUAAGAUUGAAUCGUACUACACUGGCUCUGACGCUCGUCGAAUGUGGCAGGGCUUGAAAACUAUUACAGACUACAAAGGGAAGCACAGCCGCGAGCUGCCCAGUGACACAAGCCUACCAGACGAGCUAAACCACUUCUAUGCUCGCUUCGAGGCAAGCAACACUGAAGCAUGCAUGAGAGCACCAGCUGUUCCGGAUGACUAUGUGAUCACGCUCUCCGUAGCCGAUGUGAGUAAGACUUUUAAGCAGGUCAACAUUCACAAGGCCGCAGGGCCAGACGGAUUACCAGGACGUGUACUCCGAGCAUGUGCUGACCAACUGGCAAGUGUCUUCACUGACAUUUUCAACAUGUCCCUGACUGAGUCUGUAAUACCAACAUGUUUCAAGCAGACCACCAUAGUCCCCGUGCCCAAGGACUCUAAGAUAACCUGCCUAAAUGACUACCGACCCGUAGCACUGACGUCUGUAGCCAUGAAGUGCUUUGAAAGGCUGGUCAUGGCUCACAUCAACAGCAUUAUCCCAGAAACCCUAGACCCACUCCAAUUUGCAUACCGCCCCAACAGAUCCACAGAUGAUGCAAUCUCUAUUGCACUCCACACUGCCCUUUCCCACCUGGACAAGAGGAACACCUACGUGAGAAUGCUAUUCAUUGACUACAGCUCAGCAUUCAACACCAUAGUGCCCUAUAAGCUCAUCACUAAGCUAAGGAUCCUGGGACUAAACACCUCCCUCUGCAACUGGAUCCUGGACUUCCUGACGGGCCGCCCCCAGGUGGUAAGGAAGGGUAGGUAACAACACAUCUGCCACACUGAUCCUCAACACGGGGGCCCCUCAGGGGUGCGUGCUCAGUCCCCUCCUGUACUCCCUGUUCACCCAUGACUGCAUGGCCAGGCACGACUCCAACACCAUUAUUAAGUUUGCCGACGACACAACAGUGGUAGGCCUGAUCACCGACAACGAUGAGACAGCCUAUAGGGAGGAGGUCAGAGACCUGGCCGUGUGGUGCCAGGACAACAACCUCUCCCUCAACGUGACCAAGACAAAGGAGAUGAUUGUGGACUACAGGAAAAAAAAGAGGACUGAGCACGCCCCCAUUCUCAUCGACGGGGCUGUAGUGGAACAGGUUGAGAGCUUCAAGUUCCUUGGUGUCCACAUCACCAACGAACUAUCAUGGUCCAAACACACCAAGACAGUCGUGAAGAGGGCACGACAAAGCCUAUUCCCCCUCAGGAGACUGAAAAGAUUUGUCAUGGGUCCUCAGAUCCUAAAAAAAUUCUACAGCUGCACCAUCGAGAGCAUCCUGACUGGUUGCAUCACCGCCUGGUAUGGCAACUGCUUGGCCUCCGACCGCAAGGCACUACAGAGGGUAGUGCGUACGGCCCAGUACAUCACUGGGGCCAAGCUUCCUGCCAUCCAGGACCUCUAUACCAGGCGGUGUCAGAGGAAGGCCCUCAAAAUUGUCAAAGACUCCAGCCACCCUAGUCAUAGACUGUUCUCUCUGCUACCGCACGGCAAGCGGUACCGGAGUGCCAAGUCUAGGUCCAAAAGACUUCUCAACAGCUUCUACCCCCAAGCCAUAAGACUCCUGAACAGCUAAUCAUGGCUACCCAGACUAUUUGCACUGCCCCCCCACCCCAUCCUUUUACGCUGCUGCUACUCUGUUAAUUAUUUAUGCAUAGUCACUUUAACUCUACCCACAUGUACAUAUUACUUCAACUACCUCAACUGGCCGGUGCCCCCGCACAUUGACUCUGCACCGGUACCCCCCUGUAUAUAUAGCCUCCCUACUGUUAUUUUAUUUUACUUCUGCUCUUUUUUUCUCAACACUUUUUUUGUUGUUGUUUUAUUUUUAAUGCACUGUUGGUUAAGGGCUGUAAGUAAGCAUUUCACUGUAAUGUCUGCACCUGUUGUAUUCGGCGCAUGUGGCCAAUAAAAUUUGAUUUGAUUUGAUUCCCACGAGGGGCCAAUAUGAAAAAUGUAUGCACUCACUAAUAAACUGUAAGUCGCUCUGGAUAAGAGCAUCUGCUAAAUGACUAAAAUGUAAAAAUGUAAAUGAAUCGAGCAAAGUACAGAGAGAUCAUUAAUGAAAACCUGCUCCAAAUGUUCACCUUCCAACAGGACAACGACCCUAAGCCAUUGAAGAGGAGUAGGACAACGUUCCACAGGCCACAAUCAACAGCUUAAUCAACUCUAUUCGAAGGAUAUGUCGCGCUGCAUGAGGCAAAUGGUCACUUACUGACUGGUUUUCUGAUCCACGCUCUUACUUUUUUUUUUAGGUAUCUGUGGCCAACAGAGGCAUAUCUGUAUUUCCAGUCAUGUGAAAUCCAUAGAUUAGGGCCUAAUGAACGUUUUUAAAUUCAUGAGUAUAAUUUUUGAAAUUGUUGCAUGUUGCGUUUUAUAUUUUUGUUCAGUGUAUUAAAGUAAGGUACCUAAUUGUUACCCAAUAAAUUAUUUGAUAUUGAUAUUAAAAACAGCUGCAUUGGGCCUUUAAACAAUUAUUUUAAAGACCAUUUCAAUGCUUUUCCUGAUUCUAACCCCAUAUCUGUUCAUAUUUCCACAGUAGAGACCUCCAACCCAGGUUCAGACAGUGAGCCCAGUUCCAGAGCAUCAGGAAACCAUAAACAACACAGACAGAGGAACUCAAGACAGAAACAUCACCACUGCAUGGACUGCUUCACUAGUUUCUAUGAGCCAGAGGAGUUGAGAAGGCACACUUGUAGGCCCCGCCCCUGCUCAGAUUGCAUAGGCAGUUUUAUUUGUCCAACUCACUUCAAAUCAAAACAGACUCAAAAAAGGAUGACGACAUACCCGUGUGGUCAAUGUGGGACGAGAUGUCAAACACCAAGCAAACUGAAGACGCACCAGAGAACUCACACAGGAGAGAAGCCAUACCACUGCUCUGUUUGUGGGAAGAGUUUCACCAGGUUAUGUGAACUGAAGGCACACCAGAUAACUCACACAGAAGAGAAGCCUUACCACUGCUCUCAAUGUGGGGAUAGUUUCACCAGUUUAUAUUUCCUUAAGAAACAUCAGCUUAUUCACACAGGAAAAAAUCCAUUCCACUGCUCCCAGUGCGAGAAGAGUUUCAGUCAGUCAUCAACUCUGAAGACACACCAGAUAACUCACACAGGAGAGAAGCCGUUCCACUGCCGUCAAUGUGAGAAGAGUUUCGGUCAUUUAUCAACUCUGAAGACACAUCAGAUAACUCACACAGGAGAUAAGCCUCACCUCUGCUCUCAGUGUGGGAAGAGUUUCAGUCUGGUAGGAAACCUAAAGAGACACCAGCUAACCCACACAGUAGAGAAGCCUUACCACUGCUCUCAUUGUGGGAAGAGUGUCAAUAGGUUACACCAACUAAAGACACACAACCUAACUCACACAGGAGAGAAGCCUUACCUCUGCUCUUAUUGUGGGAAGGGUUUCCGUCAGUUAGCCAACCUAAAUACACACCAGUUAAUUCACACAGGAGAGAAGCCAUACCACUGCUCUCAGUGUGGGAAAAAUUUCAGACAUCCAAGACACUUAAAGUCACACCAGAUAACUCACACAGGAGAUAAGCCUCACCUCUGCUCUCAGUGUGGCAAGAGUUUCAGUCUGGUAGGAAACCUAAAGAGACACCAGCUAACCCACACAGUAGAGAAGCCUUACCUCUGCUCUCAAUGUGGGGAUAGUUUCACAAGUUUAUAUUUCCUAAAGAAACACCAGCUAAUUCACACAGGAAAAAAGCCAUUCCACUGCUCCCAGUGUGGGAAGAGUUUCAGUCAAUCAUCAACUUUGAAGAAACAUCAGAGAACUCACACAGGAGAAAAUCGUCAUCAGAUCUGAAGACACUAGCAUUUUCACAUAGGGGAGAAGCCUUACCUCUGCUCUCAAUGUGGGGAUAGUUUCACCAGUUUAUAAUUCCAAAAACACCAACUAAUUAUGACUAACAAUAACUUACUUGGUUAAGAAAAGGUGGAAAAAAAAUAACUUGCAAAGGAGUGUGGAACCUGCUCCCUGUGUGGAAAGCUUCAGUCGGUCAUCAAAUUUGAAGAGGCUGUACCAAUAGUAUCAAUAGUAGAGAAGCUGUACCACUGCUCUGUGUGAGGAAAAGGUUCGUGUAGAGACAUAAAGAUACACCAGCUUACUCGCACUGGAGAGAAGCUUUACCAUGUUCUGGAGUUGUUUUAAUAUUGUUUAUUGAAAUAAAGCUGGUUUGAUGAUAACGGUUUAUUGUGAACAUAUCAAUAUUUCAGGAAUCACCAAAAAGGCAGCACUGGAGAGAAAAGGCGGUUUUACAGAAACUGUAUUGAUUUUAUUGGUGAUUAGGGGACAUGGUUUGUCAGUGUCAGUGUUUCCACUAAACAGCUGUCUGUUUUGGAAUGCAAUACUUCUAUAACAGCAGACCUUCAGCAGACAUCCAGUUGAUUUUCUAGAGGACGCGCCCACAACGGACAAUUCAGUGAAGUUGUAUUUGGCGUUGUGGAAUCCGUAGCUAAUAUCUGUCCAUAGAGAAUCCUCAGUAAUCACAGACAUCAUAUCCAUAGCUAAUAUCUGUCCAUAGAGAAUCCUCAGUAAUCAGACAUCAUAUCCAUAGCUAAUAUCUGUCCAUAGAGAAUCCUCAGUAAUCACAGACAUCAUAUCCACAGCUAAUAUCUGUCCAUAGAGAAUCCUCAGUAAUCACAGACAUCAAUAUCCAUAGCUAAUAUCUGUCCAUAGAGAAUCCUCAGUAAUCACAGACAUCAUAUCCAUAGCUAAUAUCUGUCCAUAGAGAAUCCUCAGUAAUCACAGACAUCAUAUCCAUAGCUAAUAUCUUGUAGUUGGAUUUCUAUAAAUCUCUUUUUUUUCUUUUUUUUUCUUUUUCCUCAAGUUAUUUUUUUUAAAUAUAAGUUAGUCACAAGGGAGGGGGGGGGGGGGGGGGGGGGUUGUCAUGACCCCCUCUUUAGGACCAUCUGGCAGAACGCCCAGAAUAUGUUAUUUAAGUUAAGAUAGGAGGCGGAGCCAGUCACAUUUAGGAACCAAUCCAAUGAAUCAUGUUUAUGUAGGUUUUUAUGUAGCCGUAUAUAAGGCUCUAUGUAAGGAACGCCCUUGAAGAGCUCACUUCAGACCGGUACUUUAUGCAUCUAAGUUUGACUGUGACCUCUCCAGCUUGCUGUUAAUAAACAAUGAUUCAUUUAAGAUUGACUGCGAGUGUCCCUGUGUAGAAUUUCCACAACAUUGUUAAUGGUGAGAGGUUAGCAUGUCUUGGGGCUAUGAUCUUUGUACGAUUUAUAUUUAUCCUGUCUCGAAUGAAAAGUUUAUAUUUUGCUAUCUCCCAAAAUAAAUGCCAUCUCUGAUGAGAGACAGGCUCACCUCCAUCUUGCAUUACAAACACUACACUUGUCCGUUCAGUAGCGGGGCAAGACUUUGUCUUGGGGAUCCCCUGUUAUUGGUAAUGAUGAGAGGUUAGCAUGUCUUGGGGAUCCCCUGUUAUUGGUAAUGGUGAGAGGUUAGCAUGGCCCCUGUUAUUGGUAAUGGUGAGAGGUUAGCAUGUCCCCUGUUAUUGUUAAUGGUGAGAGGUUAGCAUGUCUUGGGGAUCCCCUGUUAUUGGUAAUGGUGAGAGGUUAGCAUGUCUUGGGGAUCCCCUGUUAUUGGUAAUGGUGAGAGGUUAGCAUGUCUUGGGGAUCCCCUGUUAUUGGUAAUGGUGAGAGGUUAGCAUGUCCCCUGUUAUUGGUAAUGGUGAGAGGUUAGCAUGUCUUGGGGAUCCCCUGUUAUUGGUAAUGGUGAGAGGUUAGCAUGUCCCGGGGAUCCCCUGUUAUUGGUAAUGGUGAGAGGUUAGCAUGUCUUGGGGAUCCCCUGUUAUUGGUAAUGGUGAGAGGUUAGCAUGUCCCCUGUUAUUGUCUUGUGGUGCAAGACUUUGUGAAGAUGACGUACUGCGUAAUGAAAUACGUCACGAUGUCGGCUAAGGAGUGUUCUAACAUGCGUUUCCCUAAACACCACGCAGAGAAAACGUUGUUGAGGCAUGUGUCGAUACUGAUAGGAUCUAAAGAAAGGCAGCACUGCUCUCUGUGCUCUGACUUCCCCCUUUAACACAUUUUGCUGCCUUAAAAUGAAAUCAGAAAAAUUAUUACAUUUGAUAAUUUUUCCUACAGAUCUACACAACCUACUCCACAUUUUCAAAGUGAAAGAAGGUUAGAAUAUAUUCCAAAUUAAUAAAAAUAAUCCUUAAAUAUCAAAAUAGGAUAAGUCUCCACCCCCCUGAGUUAAUACUUGGUGGAAGCACAUUUGGCAGCCAUUACAGCUGUGAAUCAUUUGGAAUAAGAUUUUACCUUUGCACAACUCUAAGGGCUACAUAGAUCCAUUGUUUUUGUCAACAUUGCUCAGCUCAAUAUAUUUGGUUGGGAGUCAUUGAUGGAUUGCAAUAUUCAAACCUUGUUUCUGAUUUUUAAGCAAAUGUAAGUCCGGACUGAGACUAAACCAUUCAGGAACACUCAACACCUCUAGGAAAAUCCAUUUUGGCGUCUUUGGCAAAAACAUUUGUGUAAUUGUCUCGCUGAAAAAUAAAACUAUCCCAGGGUUUUCAGAAGACUGAGGCUGGUUUUCCUCAAACUUUUUACCUGGGCUUUGCUUCUUUCAUAUUUAAUUGGAUCCUGACAAACUCCCCACUCCCUGCCAACGGCAAGCAUACCCAUAACAUGAUGCUGCCACCACAAUAUUUGAAAAUAGUGUUUCACUCUUUGUUGUGUUGGAUUGGAUUUGACCCAAAUUUGUAGUUUUUUAUUUAUGGCAAAAAAAAAUGUCUUGCAGAACUACUUAACAGCCUUGUUGCAAACAGAAUUGAUUAUUUGGAGUGUGUUUUUUUAUACACGUUUCUUUCUUUUGACUUUGUCACACACAGGUGGUGAAAAAGUACCCAAUUGUCAUAUUUGAGUAAAAGUAAAGAUACCUUAAUAGAAAAUGACUGAAGUCAAAAUGUAUUGUCUUGCAGUAUUAUUAAAUGGCCUUGUUGCAAACAAUAAUAUGGAGUGAAUGCAAUGAUGUUGAUCCCUUUUGUAUUUUAAAAUAUUGUGGUGGCAGCAUCAUGUAAUGGGUAUGCUUAUCACUGGCAGGGAAGUGGAUUAUGAAUAGGUUCUGAAAGAGGGAACAUGAACUACUUGAGAAAGGAAAAUUAGCUAGAAAGUCACAGUCUUGUAUGCCACAUUAUUGUAGCUAUUAGAAAGCUAUUCCUCACAAAACUUGAACAAAAAUACUUGAAUUUAACAGUGAGCAUUGAUCAAUGCCUACUUAAGAAGCCGGUGGCCGCCAGCUUCUUAAUGUUUUGCUACGGUGUGCCUAAUGAACACGAUCCAACAAAUUCCAUACAACAUUAUUGAGAUAAUUGCGAUAUUAAAGUUGACUGUUAUUAUGUUGAUGUGUUCCUAAUAUGUUUCCCUCUUGUUUCCCUUCCAGACCACCACAUCCUUCCACAUCCUAACCUUCCUACCAGCUUUACAAGCCUCAACUCUUAA